CCCAGAUACGAAUUCGAAGGGACAAACGGUUCCGUGAUUUUGCUAAGUAGGAAAUGAAAGUUAAAAUCACAAUAGCUUGUUGUCAUUAAAUUGGAUAUUGGAAGUCUGCUUAUUCUCUGAACGGUCUGCUUCAAAUAUGUGCGGUUCAUGCAGAUGUGUGAGGCUCUACAAAAGGUUCAGUAUUCUCAUCACGUUUAACGUCACUUUGGGGUGAUAGUUAUGGACGUCAGUGCCGAUAAAUCACCAUUAAUUCAGCCUGAAGAGACUUCAAACAAAUCCAGUUUUCCUUCUAUUACAGUUAUCAAACCAAAACAUCCAAGACGCUAUAAACUUUUACCAAAAGACAAACUCCGUUUCCCUAAAAAUGAUACUUCAAAUCAGUUUUGGCGUAUAAAUGACUAUACAAAACAUAUGCCUCUUAUCAAUGUAAAUUGUGAUGACGAUAGUGAAGAGUUUGACGGUGCAUUGUUCCAAAAAGUUGCCAAUAAAGGCUUGUGUGAUUAUUUAAAAAAUGAUCGACUGAUUUAUAAUCGAUCAAAUUUAACAAAUACCGAUAACUAUGAUGAUUGGGAUUUGCAUCUUUCAACACCCGUUCAACACAGAACACAAAUUUGUUGUCCAUUCAAUUGUAUAUUAUCAUGAAUUUUAGAAGAUAAUACUUUGAAGAUUCCUUUUUCUUUAAUUUUUUAGUUCUUAUUAUGUGUCAAUAAUAAUAAUAAUGCAUUUUUAAGUGAGUAUUUUCUUGCAUAUAUAGGAUUAAUUUGGGAUUUGUUUGUAACUUUUCCAUUGUGUAUUUUCAUUCUUCUUAUAUUUAACAUAUUUUUUUCGCGCUCUCUAUUUUCAACUGAUUUAAUGCUUUAGUACUUUUUAUCGGUCUUAACAUUUUUUUUAUAUCAACCAACUAACACUGAUAAUAUAUAAAAUUAUAGAGGAUUAAUGUCGUAUCAUUUCUGUUCGUUGCAUAACUAACUUAUAGAAUAAAAUUAAUGAUAUUUUAUACUUAACAAUGUUUUAUGAUUAGUGUAA